UCGUUAGCGCAACACGCCAUGUAUGUGUCGUACGAAACAUCGCCGCGAGUGUUAUAACGAAAACAAUCGUGCAUUCAAAAAUGGAUGUGUUUUAUUGUGCUGUCUUCAUAUUUAUUCAAGUAUAUGCAGUAACAUCAUGUGGGUUCCCUGGUGUGCCUGCGCACUGUUCCGUGUCCUUUACCGAGGAGCCUGAUGUGGCGGGUACAGUCGCUAUGUACACUUGUGAUAGAGGCUUCGAACUCUUGGGUCCGUCAAGGCGAGUCUGCGACGGGAAUGGUCGAUGGGUACCAGAUGGCAUUCCUUUCUGUGUGCUCAACGUAGCAGCAGGCAAGGCGCCCAUGCAAGUGUCAACUGAAAACACGGGUGUACCGCAGAAAGCCCUAGACGGGAGUACUGCGUCCGCCUUCAGUUCCGAGACCUGUACUCUUACUAAGAAGGAGAAAACACCCUGGUGGUAUGUCAACCUACUAGAACCGUACAUGGUUCAGCUGGUGCGAUUGGAUUUUGGACAACCUUGUUGCGGUGCAAACAAGCCAGCAGUGGUGGUCGUAAGAGUGGGCAACAAUCGUCCUGAUAACGGGACCAAUCCAAUAUGCAACCGAUUCACUGGACUCCUUGAGGAAGGGCAACCACUAUUUCUUCCUUGCAACCCGCCAAUGCCUGGGGCAUUUGUCAGCGUCCAUUUGGAAACUUCCACCGCGACUCAGCUUUCAAUUUGCGAAGCUUUUGUGUACACGGAUCAAGCAUUGCCGAUUGAGCGAUGCCCACAGUUCCGAGACCAGCCUCCAGGCAGUACAGCUACAUAUAAUGGAAAAUGUUACGUGUUCUAUGACCGACAGCCAGCGAACUUUAGAGACGCGCUGACGUUUUGUCACUCCCGCGGUGGAACCCUGGUAGAUGAGAGCAAUCCGGCACUGCAAGGAUUCAUCAGCUGGGAACUUUGGAGGCGACAUAGGAGUGACAGCAGCAGUCAAUAUUGGAUGGGCGCGGUUCGAGACCCACAGGACCCUAACAACUGGAAGUGGGUUAACGGAAAUGACGUAACCAUUUCCUUUUGGAACUCUCCGGGCAACGGUGAGGGCUGCGCACGCUUUGAUGGCAGCCAAGGGUGGCUCUGGGCAGACACUGACUGCCAAAUGCGACUGAACUAUAUUUGCCAACAUCAGCCCAAAGCAUGCGGACGGCCUGAACAACCUCCGAACUCAACGAUGCGAACGGAGAGUUUCGACGUUGGAGCUACAGUGGAAUACGCAUGUGACGAUGGCCACUUGCUCGUCGGCCCCACUGUCAGGACAUGCUUGGAAACAGGCUUCUAUGAUGAAUUCCCUCCCGUCUGCAAACGUAUAGAUUGCGGUUUUCCCGCCGAAAUACCUCGCGGAGGUUAUGAGCUGAUCAACAAUUCGGUGUCCUAUCUUUCACACGUGCAAUAUUCUUGUGAACCUGGCUACGAGAUGGUGGGACGGUCAAGGCUCGUCUGCGAUAUAGAUGAGCGAUGGAAUGGCCCACCACCCAGAUGUGAUGUUGUCCGAUGUGAAGAUCCUCCAGUGAUUCCGAACGGUCGAGUAUCGAUCAGAAAUAAGCCGUUUGUCUAUGGCUCUGUGGCUGAGUACUUCUGCACAAAAGGAUUCUUGUUGCAUGGGUCACAGUUUGUCACUUGUUUACCAUCAGGGACCUGGGAUAGCCCUCCACCUCACUGUUAUCCUGAAGAACGGCCAACAACGACAACCACUUCAACCACAACAACAACAUCAACAACGACAUCAACAACAACAACACCAGUACCAACUACUACAACUACAACUACUCCUGCCCCGACAACACCACGACUUAUACUUCCCACCAGACGACGGAAUAGACCCACAUCCGUCGAACCUAGGCCGUCGACGCUUAGACCCACCUCGCCCAUUACAGAUAUCACGAGAUCAAGCACAGAACGAACCACUAGGAUACCUUUGAAGAAAGUGACUGUAUUAGAUUCAGAGCAGUCUUCCACGAGUCAUGUGCCGCAGUUAACAGUGGCAAGUCAUCCUAGAGAGAAUCAGAUAUUCGGCAAUGGCAACAAUAUAAGAACUGAGCAGAUACCAAGAGUGAAUGUUCCGUCUCCAGUGGACGGAGAUAGGCGAGAGCCAGUCGGUGCCAGAUUGAAUAUUGGGGCUGUAGUUGCCCUUGGAGCUUUUGGGGCCCUAGUUUUCCUAAUAGCCAUUAUCACAACCAUUGUAAUACUUGUCAAGAGCAGGAAGCAUAACAACGGAAAGCGUUACCGACAUCACGUAGCCCCCGAUUGCAAUACAGUCGCAUCUCUCGACUCAUCCUCGUCGGAAUCGCGCAACGGUUUAAACCGUUAUUACCGGCAAGCCUGGGAAGAAUUGCACGAAGCUGCUGGAGGUCGGCGGUCACGUAGACACGACCGCGAAGCCCCAAAGGACGGCUCUGAGUUGGUCGUGUCUGAUGUGUACCCGGCACCUAACAAACGGCGUCACCACCACCAUCACCACAGGCCUGACUGGCAGCCAAGACACCACCAUAAGGAUAAAGCUAGAUAUUAAGAUAUAAGUAUAUACGGAGGUUGAUUGUGCGUGUGUGAAUGCUGGACCAAAAAUUUGAUUGGGUAUCUAGUUUUUGGAAUGUUUUGUUCAGAUGGUUAUAAUUAUGUAUUCCCUCCACUUAGUGUUUAAUGUAGUUUUACUAAAAAAAUUGAUAAGUGAUAAGACUGAUUUAGAAAUCAGAUGAACUUUUAUGAAAGCUCUGU